UGUAUACUGCGUGACAACUAAACAAUUUUGUGUACCCCGAAAAUAACCAACAGGAGGUGUGGUUUUGGAGGUGUAAAAACAUUAUUCCCCGCAAAACGGUGGCUUUUGCACCUGGCUGGCAAGGUGUGAAGGUAUUGACGAAAUUAAAUAAAACCAACCAACAAAAAUUAAGCAAAAAACACAAAAAAACCAACGCGUGUGAAGAAAGUUUGUGCAGUGGAAAAUUUUGUAGGAGAAGCUGCUUAAAAACGGGUCAACGUUUGCGGGAAAUCGGCGCCAAGCGACGCAGCAACAUGAUCUAUAUAGAUGACUCAGAGCCGGAAGGUGUUCUGGAGCCGGCAUUUCCUAUGCGCGAUGUGAACAUAAAUCGUAAUGUCGAUGCCCAUAAACUAUACGAUGUCCUCGGCGAGGUGGGACGCGGCAAAUUCGGAACUGUGUACAAGUGCCGGGACAAGGCCAACGGCCUCCAGCUGGCGGCCAAGUUCGUGCCCAUUCCGAAGCGAGAGGACAAGCGGAAUGUGGAGCGGGAGGUGGAGAUUAUGAAUUCAUUGCAGCAUCACCUCAUUAUACAAUUGUACGCGGCAUACGAAUAUCAGAAAAUGAUGUGCGUCGUCCUGGAACUCAUUGAAGGUGGUGAGCUCUUUGACCGCGUGGUGGACGAUGAGUUUGUCCUGACCGAGAGAGUCUGCCGGGUUUUUAUACGCCAAGUGUGCGAAGCCAUGGCUUUUAUACACGGCAAUGGCAUAGUGCAUCUGGAUCUGAAGCCCGAAAAUAUUCUGGUGCUCACACAGAAGGGCAAUCGCAUCAAGAUCAUAGACUUUGGACUGGCCCGCAAAUUCGAUCCAGAUAAGCGUCUGCGGGUACUCUUCGGCACACCUGAGUUUGUGGCUCCGGAGGUUGUGAACUUUGACUGUAUAUCGUAUGGAACCGAUAUGUGGAGUGUAGGUGUAAUAUGUUAUGUGCUCAUCUCAGGACUGUCGCCUUUCAUGGGCGAGAACGACAUUGAAACAAUGUCAAACGUAACCAUUGCGAAAUACGACUUCGAGGACGAAUGCUUUAAUGGCAUCUCCCCGGAGUGUCUGGAUUUCAUAGCCAAGCUGCUGGCCAAGGACCUGAGCACUCGCAUGACAGCCGCCGAGUGCAUGAAACACAAAUGGCUACAACAGCGGCCGGCUGCCGCUGCCUCUGCCACGCCCAUUACAAAGGCCGCCUCUUCGGCGUCCAAGUCGCGCCUGAAGUCAGAAUCUCCGGUGACGGCGGAAUCCUCGGAGGAAUCCUCCACGGAAACCAUCGAGGACGGCGACGACGAGGAGGAGGAGGAGGAGGCGGAGGUGUUGACGGCGGACAAGAACAAGGCCCAGGACGAUGGGCAGGAUGAGGAGCUGGCCAAGCUCUGCAGCGCCGCGGAACUGGAGAACAAAGAACUGGAUGCCACAAAGGACAACCUGAAGAACUUCAUUGUGCGCUGGGAGACGCAUCCGAACAGUCCGUACGUGUUCGACGUGGAGGGCAAUGUGAUUGCGCCGCUGAGCGAGACGAGUUACCCACAUCCGCGGCGGACCCACGGCCCGGACAGCAUGUCCUCGUCCCGAGUUUGUUCUCCCUCGCCCUGCGAAUCAAUUGCCACCCUGACCGACGACGAGCUGGCCGAGGAUGCGGAUCUCCCGGAGGAGGAUGAAUCUCGCAGUGCGGACAACGAAAGUCCCCACUCGGUGUCCACGCCCAUUAAUGAGUCCAGGGAGAAGCUGUUCCCAACGGUGGCCACCUCCAGUCCGGCCACGCCCACACCGCAGCACCUGUUCAACGAGAACUUUGAUGAGUUCUCUGGCAGCCAGUCCACCGCCCAGCAGCAGCGCAGCAUGAAGAGCUAUCUGCACACCUUCGACCGGAGGAACUCGGAUACCACGUACCUGUUGGGUCGUCGCAGUUCCGGAGAGCGUGUGAAUCUGGCGGAUGAGAUACGGAAGCUUUCCGAUCACCUGCUCAUGCUGGCCGAGAUCAACACCAAGCUGGGAGAUAACAACAAUAAUAAUAAGAGUAAUGAAGGAACUCCGGCUGCUCCAGCUGCUCCAGCGGCUCCAGCUCCUUCAGCUCCUCCUCAAGCUGCCGCACCCUCAGGCGGCAGUUCUAGUAAAACCUCCGAAAUCAAGCAAGAUGGAAAUAGGUGGACCAGUAAAUCCACCAGCAGCAGUAGCUGGAAUCGCCCUACUUCCACGGGAGGAUUGCUCAGCCAGGCCAGCAGCACUUCAAAGAGUCAGAGCAGCUACGACGAUGGCCAGGGCAAGACCAAGAUUAGUUCCCUGUCUGUGAGACUGCAGCAGUCCAUCGAGGAAACGCCCAAGCUAAGCAAUGGCACUAGCUCCGCCAGCACCAAGUCGCAAGUGCAAUCACAGCGCAGCGUGCAAACUAUGUCCAGUUCCAAUGCCAAGAGCAUAACCAGCCAGCAUGUUCAAAGAACCAGUACCACCUCAUCGAAGGUUAUCUCCAGCACUAGCAGCACCAGCAGCCACCAAAUGUCCAGUGCCAGCAACCAAAUCUCCUCCAGCUCUAGCAACCAAGCUCACAGCGAAUCAGCCAGCAGUCGUCGCGCCAAAUUCCGGAUAAAUCAAAUGAGCCGCGACGUGCCCGUCGGCCUGCCGGAUACCCACCAGACCGUGAACCUGGAGGAGGCGGCCAACACCACCAAAGAUUGCCUGCUGCAUUUGCUGGAGAAAUACAAUGAGACGCGAAUCCGCAAUCCGGUGGGGCGUCACCAGAGCAUCAGCGUGGACUGGCAUGUCAGCGACAAUCUGGAGUACCGCUCCAUGAGCUCCAUCAAUGCGUUCUUUCAGCGCCACAACCACAAUGGCGGCGGACAGAACGUGCGGCAUAUCCAGGCCCAGCUGGAGGAGAAGGCGACGGGGAAGCAGUAGGAGUCCACUGUAUAUAUAUUCUACAUAUAUAUUUUUGUAUGUAUAGGACAGAUCAAGUAAAGCGGGUGCUCAUAUCUAGUUAAUGGAACUUAGGUAAAACUUCGGCGUUGCAAAGGAAACAAAUUAAUAUUUAUGUACUUGAUGUAAGCAAUAAAACCAAAUAAAUCAAAAUAAAUUAUUUGAAUCAACUGAAAAGUAAACUAUAGAUAUGAUUUAUUAUUUCCAUAUUCAAGUGCCUUUGUUUUUUAAAUAAAAACAACACUUCAGUUACUACCAACUAAAAAAAUCAAACAAUUUAUUGCAAGAAAACAAAUAUCAACUUAUAAAAUGUACAAAAUUUGUUAAUUAACUACAGUUUACAACUACAGCUACAACCAAAGCAAUGGGUAGAAAUCAUAAUUAAUAAAUCAAUAACAAACAAUCAUUUAAAUGACUUUAUGCAGCGAUUUUUUUUUUCUUGUUAUGUUUUUUAAUUUUUAUGGAGAACAAUGCGCUUUGUGUUUCGUUUUUCUGUUUUUUUUUUUCGUUUUGUUUAUUGAAGUGUAUGAGUUGCGUGUGGAUGCCUUAAUAAUACAUAGAAUAUCUCUAUACAUAUAAAUAUUAGGAGAAUACUUUGGAUUUUGUUCUUAGUUAGGCCUUACUUACAAAUAGAUGCUUUGUAUAAGUGUUGUAAAGGGAUAUAGGCUCUGCCUAUGUGUAUAACUAUAAUAAUCUAGUAUUUGUACAUGAUAGUUUUCAGGCAAAAGUGUUUUCAUAAUUUGCCCAGAGAUCGGUCGUAGCAAAUCAUAAAAGACAUUUUUACCCCAUUUGUUAGGAAAUGAGAGCGCGACAAUUCGUGUGCAUUUGGCGGCAUACAUAAAUAAAUAUAUAAAUGACGUUCAAACGUGCAGAAAUUGACAAAACUAAUUCAAAGUUAUUCUUCUUUUCCACUGGUCUAAUUAAGGACAAUGUUAGUCGCAGGUGGCAAAAGCAAGGCGGCAAUGAGCUGCAAAA